CGCGGAUGCUGCGUCCACGGUCCUCAGCGCGCAGUUCAGCGAGGGGGCUCUCAUCACACAUCGCAUAGAAUAUCCAAAUAUCGCUUUACCACCUCUUUGAUUUACACUUUCAAGAAUAAGCGUAAAAACCGUCCCCGAGCAAAAUACUUUUGCCUUUUUGUUUUGCGUCGGUCGGGACAGUCAUCUCGCAAUUUUUCCUCUGCGGAAUCUUCAUUUAAUCAGGCAACAACUGCACUGUAUUAGGAUUCAUAAUCUCCAUCUGUAGUAAACACACCGCUGAACACCUGGGCGAUAGAGGACAACAUGGCAACAGCUACUGAGUGAAUUCAGUCGCUAUCGAUGCGCCCAUCUGUAUUUGACUAAAGCGGAUCCAGGAUUUUCCCCUUCACCCAACAAACCGCGAGAAUGUCCUUGGAGCAUGGCCUGGCUUCCACACCAAUCCCAACACACUUCACCCUCUGAACCCUAACGUUCCAAAGCUACAAAAUAUCCUGCUUGGUUUUGAACCCUUUUUCUCCCUUUUUUCUCUUGCUCUCGUUCUCGUGUCCUGAUGGAUUGGAAGCGCCCUGAUCCCUCGAUCUGUUGACCCUCGGGGUGAGGGGGUAGAGUGGACAGGACUGGUUUUCUCAAAAUACACAAGUGUCCGGCCGCCAUUGUACCAAUUCAUCUGAUGGAGAGUUAGAAGAACGGGAGCUACUACUGGGGAGGGAGAGGAGUGGAGGAGGUAAACCAAAACCAAAAAACGUAAGCCAAGAAUCAUCGCAAAGACUCCUUCUUUGCCCAGCCAUUGAGAUUACGUAGCUGAGAGCUCCAAAGACCUGGACGUGGGGAAGAUAUAGAGAAACAGAUAAAUCUCCAUCAAGCAUCGUGGACCGAACACCUUAAGACCCAAAAUGUCCACGACAGCAACCAUGGGUGAGAUGGCGAAUAGUGUGGUGGACUUUUACCCCAAGCAGGGAGGAGGUGGUGCAGAUGCCAAUCAUGCUGGAGACUUUGGGGUGACGUUGGAUGAGCUCCAGUCCCUGAUGGAGCUGAGAGGGCCUGAGGCCUUGCAGAAAAUUCAGGAAAGCUAUGGAGAUGUAGAGGGCCUAUGCCAGAGACUCAAGUCUUCCACCAGUGAUGGUUUGUCAGAUAACCUGAUAGAUCUGGAGAAGCGCAGACAAACAUUUGGACAAAAUUUCAUACCCCCCAAAAAGCCCAAGACCUUCCUUCAGCUGGUGUGGGAGGCAUUACAAGAUGUCACUCUCAUCAUCCUGGAGAUUGCUGCCAUCAUCUCUCUUGGCCUGUCCUUCUAUCAGCCUCCUGGACACGAGAGCGAGGGCUGUGGGAAAGUGUCUGGAGGAGUCGAAGACGAUGGGGAGGCAGAGGCAGGAUGGAUUGAAGGUGCCGCCAUCCUGCUGUCCGUAAUUUGCGUGGUGCUGGUGACUGCUUUCAACGACUGGAGUAAAGAGAAGCAGUUCCGUGGGCUACAGAGCCGCAUCGAGCAGGAGCAGCGAUUCGCCGUAGUGCGCAAUGGAAACGUCAUCCAGAUCCCCGUUGCGGAGAUGGUGGUUGGGGACAUGGCCCAGGUCAAAUAUGGUGACCUCCUACCUGCUGAUGGCAUCCUGAUUCAGGGAAAUGACCUGAAGAUUGACGAGAGCUCUUUGACCGGUGAAUCAGACCAUGUUCGGAAGUCAGCUGACAAAGACCCCAUGCUUCUCUCUGGUACCCAUGUGAUGGAGGGAUCAGGGAGGAUGCUGGUGACCGCAGUUGGAGUCAAUUCUCAGACCGGCAUCAUAUUCACUCUACUGGGAGCCGGAGAAGGGGAGGAGGAAAAGAAAGAGAAGAAAGGCAAGGAGCCAGAGGCAGCUGUGGAGACUAAUCAGAAUAAAGCCAAAAAGCAGGAUGGAGCCGUUGCCAUGGAGAUGCAGCCUCUGAAGAGUGCGGAGGGUGGAGAAGUGGAGGAGAGAGAGAAGAAAAAAUCCAACGUGCCCAAGAAGGAGAAGUCUGUACUGCAGGGCAAACUCACAAAACUGGCUGUACAGAUUGGCAAAGCAGGUCUUGUGAUGUCGGCCAUCACCGUUAUCAUCCUGGUGCUGUACUUUGUGAUCGAGACGUUUGUGGUGGAGGGACAGACCUGGUUGCCCGAGUGUACGCCCAUCUACGUGCAGUACUUUGUCAAAUUCUUUAUCAUCGGGGUGACUGUGCUGGUGGUAGCUGUGCCCGAGGGUCUUCCCCUUGCUGUUACCAUCUCUCUCGCCUACUCGGUUAAGAAAAUGAUGAAGGACAAUAACUUGGUGCGCCACUUGGAUGCCUGCGAGACAAUGGGCAAUGCCACUGCCAUCUGCUCUGACAAGACCGGCACCCUCACAACCAACCGCAUGACUGUAGUACAGGCCUUUCUUAAUGACCAGCACUUCCGUGAGAUCCCUGACCCCAGCCAGAUCAACCCCAACACCCUGGAGAUGAUUGUCAAUGCCAUAUCUAUCAACUGUGCCUACACAUCCAAGAUAAUACCACCGGAUGUGGAGGGUGGUCUGCCCAAGCAGGUUGGUAAUAAGACUGAGUGUGGUCUGCUGGGCUUCCUGCUGGGCCUGAAAAGAGACUAUGUUCCUGUGAGAGAGCAAAUCCCAGAGGAGAAGCUCUACAAAGUAUACACUUUUAACUCUGUACGCAAGUCCAUGAGCACUGUGGUGCAGAUGCCUGACGGAAGCUUCCGCCUGUACAGCAAAGGAGCUUCUGAGAUCCUACUGAAAAAGUGUUCUGGGAUACUUGGUGCCAAUGGUGAGCCACGGAGUUUCAGGCCACGGGACCGAGAUGAGAUGGUGAAGAAAGUGAUCGAGCCCAUGGCGUGUGAAGGCCUGCGAACCAUCUGCAUCGGUUAUCGUGAUCUUCCCUGCGACCCUGAACCUGACUGGGACAAUGAAGCUGAAAUUGUUACCGAUCUGACCUGCAUCGCUGUCGUCGGGAUCGAAGAUCCAGUGCGACCUGAGGUCCCUGAUGCCAUUCGGAAGUGUCAGAGAGCAGGCAUCACUGUGCGCAUGGUCACUGGUGACAACAUCAACACAGCACGCGCCAUUGCUGCCAAGUGUGGCAUAAUUCAACCUGGGGACGACUUUCUGUGCUUGGAGGGCAAAGACUUCAACCGAAGAAUCAGAAAUGAGAAAGGAGAGGUUGAGCAGGAGAGGAUUGAUAAGAUCUGGCCCAAGCUAAGAGUUCUGGCGCGCUCUUCCCCCACGGACAAACACACACUUGUAAAAGGCAUCAUUGACAGCACUGUGUUGGAGCAGAGACAGGUGGUGGCCGUAACUGGUGAUGGGACCAAUGACGGACCAGCUCUGAAGAAGGCAGAUGUGGGCUUCGCGAUGGGCAUAGCGGGAACUGAUGUAGCUAAAGAAGCAUCUGACAUCAUCCUGACUGAUGAUAACUUCUCCAGCAUUGUGAAGGCUGUCAUGUGGGGGAGGAAUGUGUAUGACAGCAUCUCCAAGUUCCUGCAGUUUCAGCUUACUGUCAAUGUAGUGGCCGUCAUAGUAGCUUUCACUGGGGCCUGCAUCACACAGGACUCUCCACUCAAAGCAGUGCAGAUGUUGUGGGUAAAUCUUAUCAUGGAUACAUUUGCCUCUUUGGCUCUUGCCACUGAGCCCCCCACUGAAGCCCUGCUGCUUAGGAAACCUUAUGGCCGCAACAACCCCCUCAUCUCCCUCACAAUGAUGAAGAACAUCCUGGGACAUGGAGUCUAUCAGCUCAUCAUCAUCUUCACCCUACUGUUUGUCGGAGAGAAAAUCUUCAACAUCGACAGUGGUCGCAAUGCCCCGUUACACUCCCCACCCUCUGAGCACUACACUAUCAUCUUCAACACCUUCGUCCUGAUGCAGCUCUUCAACGAGAUCAAUGCCCGCAAGAUCCAUGGCGAAAGAAACGUGUUUGAUGGCAUCUUCGGAAAUCCAAUCUUUUGCAGUAUUGUUCUGGGAACAUUUGUAAUGCAGAUUGUAAUUGUGCAGUUUGGGGGGAAGCCCUUCAGCUGUGCCCCUCUAAAUAUGGAGCAAUGGCUGUGGUGCCUCUUCGUGGGAGUUGGAGAACUGCUGUGGGGCCAGGUGAUCGCCACAGUGCCCACUAGUCACUUGAAGUGUCUGAAGGAGGCGGGUCAUGGGCCGGGUACAGACGAGAUGACGGAAGACGAGAUGGCAGAGGAUGAAGAGGAGAUUGACCAUGCUGAGAGAGAGCUACGCAGGGGGCAGAUCCUCUGGUUCAGAGGCCUUAACCGUAUCCAGACUCAGAUGGAGGUAGUGAGCACAUUCAAGAGAAGUGGUUCGUUUCAGGGUGCAGUGAGACGUCGCUCAUCCGUGCUCAGCCAGCUCCAUGACAUGCGGGUGGUGAAAGCGUUCCAUAGCUCCCUUUAUGAAGGAAUGGAGAAACCCGCAUCCAGGAAUUCCAUCCACAACUUCAUGGCACACCCCGAGUUUCUCAUCAACGACUACAUUCACAACAUCCCGCUGAUUGACGACACAGACAUUGAAGAAGAAUCAGAGUGGUCGAGGCAUAACCACCAAUUGCAUCCAGCCUUCCGAAAGCCCCCUCCUCCUCCGGUCCAGCAACCACAGCGUUCCCGCCCACCGCCACGCCCCUAUCGCCAGUACAGCCUCCCCGCCACACCUAACUGCAACAACAACGCCAUCGAGAGUGCCGUCUACAACCUAAACAUCCCCACAAGCCCCAAUGGGCACUGGACAUCCCCCUCUCGACAACUCUACCCCCUCCUCGCCCUGGAGACUUCUCUCUGACUGACUCCAGAUAAACCUACAAGACUUUGAGGAUGCAGUUGUGUGAGUCAGGCUGGUGGGGGAGGCACCUGUGGACAUGAUAUAGGUGGUUGACCCCCUACUCACUGAGCAGAAGACAGGGUCCAUCACAUUACAAUCACUUACCAUUACCACUACCACCAUCCACUACAAUCACUAUCACUCCUCAUGUUUCAACAACAACUAAGGCCACAUGCAAUUCUCCUCUCACUGUGUGGAGAGGAGGCCAGUCUGCUGUGUGUCUGGAGUUCCUUUGAACGGGCCUGAGGUGAGGAAUCCAGACCCGAUGGACUUUUAGUGGUUUUUAGUGCUGGUGACUACUGACUUCUCAGAAUGCAAAGGAAUAUAAGUUCCCUAGGGGCCCAUUCACUUUUUUGGUGUUACUAAACUCAGUACGAUUAUUAUCAUGUUUUGACUUCUUACUAUUUCAACCAUCUUCAUGAGUGCUCAGAUUAUCAUUGCUACAUCACAGAGUACAAUUUUUAUUACUCUAUGACCAAUGCUUUAUGCUAUGAUUAGCUUUAAAAACAUUUAUUUAUUUAUUUAUUCAUUCAUUUAUUUAUCUAUUUAGUUAUUGUGAGAUCAUCAAAAAAAAAAUCAUUUUCACUUUGUCUAUUUCUCUCUCUCUAUGUGUCUGUGUGUGUUGUGUCUGUCAAAAACAUAAAAAAGCGACAAAAAAGAAGCACUGACAAAGCAAAGAUUAUAUAAAUUUGAAGCUUAGAAUAAUUAAAUUAUAACGUGUCUGCUAUUAACAAAAAGAAGACAAAAACAUUGAAGCGCCAUUUUACUUUCUGUUGCCUGAUCAUUGUUUUAAAACAUUUUAUGGAAAAAUAUACUUUUAGCGUUUUAUUUGAGGACAAUUUGUAGCUUUACUCUGAGUGAGAGUAAGCAUUUUUCAAUGCUCAUGAGUACUGAUAUUUUAAACAUAUACUCUAUAUGUUCUUGUUUAAAAUAUGCUACAGGGUAGAGGAUUUGGGCAAGCCCCUCUCAGAGAUACACUGGUUAAAGUGGUAGUUAUUUUGAUGGUUUUCCAUCUUAGCAAUGGCAAUCAGCCUUAAGACAAAAUAGCCUUUGUUAAUAUGUAUUACCUUAUUCAAAUGAGCUGACUCAAAGUCCUGGUGAUUUCAGUGGGAUUGCCCGGACUCAACAUUUAAUGGUGUCUUAUAUUUCUUUUUUACUUUAAAGCAUAUUGAAAUCCAUGUUGUUUAGAUGACACCAACAAAUGCAUUAACCCUUUAAACAUUUUCAAAUAAUUAUAUUUGCUCAGUACAGGCAUACAUGCUGGCCCUUUAAAAACAUUCAUAUUCACACUUGCUUUCCUCAUAUGUGUCAAAUAUUUAUCAGAUUACGAUAAAUAUCUAUGAUAAACUCAUACAGACUGUGGUCAGAGGGCAUAAAAGAUUGUAGGGAAAUCCAUUUUAUACUGCCACACCUUAGUUAAUGAAUAUCAAAGAUGCUAACGAUGGACAAUCUGUGAGGGUAUCAUUACUUUUGCACAAUAUCAGGGUUCACUGUUUUUGGCAAACACCCAAAGGGUGGUGCAUUCAGAAUUAUUCUGAUGUUCACCGUGGCACACUGUCUGACUAUUGGUCUCUAUGAUUCCAGAGAGGACAAUGUAGAACAAUAUGUUUGCACAGAACAAUAAUCCCUAUUAUAUAACGACAUGCAUGAUCAAUUUAUAGUAUGUUUGAUUCACUUACAUUCCAUCUAUAUUCCACUGAGCAGUGUACCAUCAAGGGUUACAUCCUAGUACAUCCCAUAAUCUUCUGGGUUUGUACAAUUUUGAUCAUACUGCUAAAGUCAAAGCAUUGCAAUGUAAUACAAUCAUUUUGGGAAGGAGACUGGCACUUAUGCAACAUACUGCCCUGUCCACAGCUCUGUGAAAUAUGCUUAACGACAUGUACAUAGGGAUCUAAGAAAAAAUACCUUUAUCUGUAUAGAAUACUUUUCUAGAUUGUCCUGUUUUGAGAAACUGGCAAAUAUUGAAAGCAGACAAUGCAAGCAUGAGCCUCACUAGAUCAUGUCAUUGCAUUGGUCAGUCGUGUCUGUGCAGAGCAUGUUGAUAUCAUAGCGCUCUUCGUCGUCAUUGUUUGACUUCACUUUUGUCUGUCGAUGCUUCACUGUGGCUCUUAAACAGUUGGUGGAUACACAUUUCUCUUACCAGCGCAUCUGUGCUGUCAUUUGUGUGGGACUGUCCAUGCUGAUGAUCUCCUCCUGAUUCUCUGCCCUGGUUUCUUUAAAACAUGAGGUACUGAGCCUGGGAGUGGAGCAGUAUCUCACUGCCAACCUAACUACUAAAUGCCAAUAGACACACUGUUUAAAAUGGGUUGACCCAUUCUACAAAGACAGAAAAAAUGUUUGUUUAGAUAUAGAUGGAAUCUGAUAAUUCUAAAAAAACAAAUUUUUAAAAAUCACUCUGUUCACCCAUUUUAAGCAGUUAAUAAACUGUUUUCUAUGUAUGUCUGUGUCCAGCCUUUCAAUGAGUUGAUCAUGCUCAGACAGUUCCAGUGGAGUCUCCAUUGGCGAGAGCGCUGGCAGGUCUAUGAGACUGAACCCAUUUAAAGGCACAGACACAACCAGCAGACCAAAGUGGUGGUCAGAGAUGAUGGAACUUGAUUAGACCACUGAUCCUGCUAAACAUAUAUUCAUAAUAAACAAACAUUUCCUAACCUUAUCUUAUCCUCAGCAAAGUUUAACUACCAAAAUAGGCCUCAAGCUAUGCUUGUCUCUGAAUAAUAUUAAAUCUAAGUAUAUCGAAGUCGUAUACCCCAAUCUUACAACUCUCCAGACAGUGAUGAUAUAUAUAACAAUGGCAUAUGUAUGGUAUCCCUCCUUUCCACCAAAAUUAUCAGCCACUUUUUCGAGACUUGGAAUCCUGAAAAGUGAAAGAUACAUAUGUACAAUACCGGUCAAAAGUUUUGAAACACUUGACUGAAAUGUUUCUCAUGAUCUUAAAAUUUUUUUGAUCUGAAGACGUAUGGUUAAACGUUUGAAAUUAGUUUUGUAGACAAAAAUAUAAUUGUGCCACCAUAUUAAUUUAUUUCAUUAUAAAACUAAAAUUGUAUUUUAAAAAAAAAAAUAGUUUUUGAAAUUGAUGACUUGGACCAAAUAAUAAAGAAAAGCAGCCACUAAGUGCCCAACAUAGAUGGGAACUCCUUCAAUACUGUUUAAAAAGCAUCCCAGGGUGAUACCUCAAGAAGUUGGUUGAGAAAAUGUCAAGAGUACAUGUCUGCAAAUUCUAGGCAAAGGGUGACUACUUUGAAGAUGCUAAAAUAUAACACAGUUUUGAUUUAUUUUGGAUUUUUAUAGUCACAACAUAAUUCCCAUAUUUCCAUUUAUGUUAUUCCAUAGCUUUGAUGACUUUACUAUUAUUCUAAAAUGUGAAAAAAAAUUAUAAUAAAGAAUGAGUGUUUCAAAACUUUUGACCGAUAGUGUAUAUUACGCAUACAUAUAUAUCAAUUAAAAAAAAAAAAACGGUAAAUCAAAACUUUAUUGUCUGCCUUCAUUUUGUUUCAUCCUGUUGUAGAAAUAUCAUGCAAGGUAAGGUGAAAAAAAAUGUAAUGUGAAAAAGAGUAAAUAAUAUAAUAUAUUUAAUAUAAAAGUUAUAAAUUAUUGUACAACUGCACCAUCACUGUACAUUUUGCCAAAAUGUGCACAUGUGCAUCUUUUGUUUACGAUUUAAGCACUUUUUUGUUUUAUUACUUUAUAUUGUCUCUUUCUUUCUUUCUCCUUUUGCUUUUUUGUAAAGAAUCAAAAUUGAACAGCUUGUACAUUAUUAUGAUUAUUAUUAUGACUAUUAUUACAAUGAUUAUUAUCAAUUUUGUCUUUUUCCAGCAGUGCUCUUUUAACUGAUGGAAAAAACAAACAAUUGCACAUUCUCCUGAACAUACACAUACUGCUCUACAAUGGAAAAAAAAUAUUUAAAAAAGAGAAAAAAAAUUAAACAAUUAAAUAUAUUAAUAAUUACCUGCCUGUUAUUUAAGAGAAAAAAGUAUCUAUCUAUGAUGAAAGAACACAGCUGUAUACUGUAGACUAAACUGUAUGGAAAUCUAAGAAUUUACUGGGAAAAAAGUCAACACUUUUUGUCUGUAUAAAUAAUCAAAUCAAAGUAUUCUACAAUAAUAACUUUGACAAGUGUC